AUGCAAAACCAGAGUUUCAUAAGUGAAUUCGUCUUUCUGGGACUUUCACAGAAUCCAAAUUUUCAAAAGCUAAUAUUUAUCAUAUGCUUAUUUGUUUACCUUGCAACUAUUGGGGGCAAUAUGAUGAUUGUGGUGACCAUUGUAUGUAGCCCUACACUCCUGAGCUCCCCCAUGUAUUUCUUCCUGGCUUUCUUGUCUUUGUUGGAUGCAAGCUUCUCCUCUGCCAUGACACCCAAGAUGAUGGUGGAUUCCCUCUAUGAGAGAAAAACCAUCUCCUUUAAAGGAUGCAUGAUACAACUUUUUGCUGAACACUUUUUUGGUGGGGCUGAAAUGAUUGUCCUGACAGCCAUGGCCUAUGACCGCUAUGUGGCUAUUUGCAAGCCCCUACACUACUCUUCCAUCAUGACUAGGAGGCUCUGUGGCACUCUGGUGGGAGUCGCCUGGGCAGGAGGAUUCUUACAUUCUACUGUGCAAAUUAUCUUCACUUUGCAGCUACCCUUUUGUGGACCCAACAUCAUUGAUCACUUUAUGUGUGACUUGUUCCCAUUAUUGGAGCUUGCCUGCACUGACACUCAUAUCUUUGGCCUUUUUGUGGUUGCUAACAGUGGAUUUAUCUGCAUCAUAAUCUUCUUCUUGUUGCUUGUGUCCUAUGGUUUUAUCUUGCUCUCUCUGAGAUCCCACAGCUCUGAAGGGCGAUGGAAAGCUCUGUCUACUUGUGGGUCCCACAUUGCUGUUGUGGUCUUGUUCUUUGUCCCCUGUAUAUUUAUAUAUGCAAGACCUCACACUGCUUUCUCCUUUGACAAAAUGAUAGCAAUAUUUUACACCAUGCUAACCCCCUUGCUUAAUCCUAUGAUUUAUACUCUUAGGAAUAAGGAUAUGAAAAAUGCAAUACGUAAAGUGUGGAGGAAACUGGUAAUGGUUUCCAAUGAAAAUUAA